AUGCGUCAUGCGAGUGGCUUCAACUACUACUACGUAGCCGUGAGGCACCACGGGAAAAAGGCAAUCUUCGUGGAGGGUUCGCACCGGACGCCUCGAGAUGAGGAAAUAAGAAUUCAUCCUUUCUCGCCCCGGGGGGUCGGUGGGGCGCGGGGGAGGUGGGCCGGUGGGGCGAGGGGGGGCAAGACGGACGACGCCAUUCCAAAAAGCCAUUAUACGAGCUCCGGAGCUGUUUUCUAUCUCGGGAAGGAACCCGCGCCAUCGCCCCUUCCCCCCCCCCCCCCCCCCCCCCCCCGCCUCCCCGCCACACCAACCGUUCGGAUUCCCGAGUUUGUUUAUGAAAAUUGCCCAUUAAAAUGGCUA